CGGCUCUACUAGGGUCCCCAUUGGCGCCCGGCUCCAGGGACUGGAAUGUGGCUGCCUGGCCUUCGCAGGCAACCCAGGUAGAGGGUGCUCCGGGCUUGGGUAGCUACCUCGGGACGUUCAUCACGGGCCAAAGUCCCAACGCCUUCCCGAUCCAGCUGUCGUUGCUGCCCCAGGGACACUACCGGUUCUUCUCCCGGAUCCUUUUCUUCCUACUGGUUUUCUUUUUCCUGCCUCUCUGGCUUCCUAUCUCCCAGCUCCUCUUUUCCCUCUCUACUCGCCCUCCCCCCUCGGCCUGCCAGCCCCAGCAUCCUACCUGUCAGCUCCUGACUUCUGCCCCUCCUUGACCUCAAAUUUCUUUGCCAACAGCCCUGUCAUAACCUUCUUGCCAGAGUGCCCUGCACUCAUCUCUUUCCUCUUUGCCAGCUCCCGACUCCCAAAUUCCAGCUCACCCUUGACCUCUUGACAUUUGACUGUGACACUUGAUUCCAGAGCUCUAAAUUCCUACUUCUUGCAGUGUGGACUGCAGAAACUGAGGUCCUCCUCUGAUUUCCCACUCCCCAUUCCGAGGUUACUGCUGUCCCACCAUGGACUUCUUGAUGAGUGGUCUGGCAGCCUGUGGGGCCUGUGUGUUCACCAAUCCCCUAGAGGUUGUGAAGACCAGGAUGCAGUUGCAGGGAGAACUGCAGGCCCCAGGCACCUACCAGCGGCACUACAGAAACGUCUUCCAUGCCUUCUUCACCAUCGGGAAGGUGGAUGGCCUGGCUGCCCUACAGAAGGGCCUGGGCCCUGCACUUGUGUACCAGUUCCUGAUGAAUGGCAUCCGACUGGGUACCUACGGGCUGGCCGAUUCUAGUGGUUACCUGCACACGGCCGAAGGCAUUCACAGUCCUGUCCGCAGUGCAGCAGCUGGGGCCUUGGCUGGGGUCACGGGAGCCUAUUUGGGAAGCCCCAUCUACAUGGUGAAGACACACCUUCAGGCACAAGCAGCAUCUGAAAUUGCAGUAGGGCACCAGUAUAAGCAUAAGAUCUUUCCUCCCCAGAGCUGGAAGGUGGCUCUGGCAGCUGCCAUGGUGAGUGGCAUCGCAGUAGUCCUCUCCAUGACACCUUUUGAUGUAGCCAGCACAAGGCUCUAUAACCAGCCCACAGACGUUCAGGGCAAGGGCCUCAUGUACCGGGGGAUCCUGGACGCUCUGCUGCAGACAGCUCGGAAAGAGGGCAUUUUUGGCAUGUACAAGGGUAUAGGCGCCUCUUACUUCCGCCUUGGCCCCCAUACCAUCCUCUCCCUCUUCUUCUGGGACCAACUACGCUUCCUCUACCAUACAUACACUAAAUAAUAGCCACUUACCCACCCUCCACCAGGUUGACACUUUGCCUCCACUGCCAUAUCUUGGUGACUACUCACCAUGUUACUGAUCAUGCAAAGGGGACAGCCAACCCCACUCCCCAUCUGUUCUCUCAGGGUUGAAUCACAAAUAGUAGUUUCCUUCCCUCACUUAGAUGUUGCUCUCUCAUUUCCACCAUCCUUGUACACUUCACACUCCUCUCUCAGGGCUGAACCACUCGCUCCAAAGUGUAUUUCCUCCCUCUUUUUAUUGCCAGUCUUGG